AUGCCAGAGCAGUCGAACGAUUACCGAGUGGUGGUUUUCGGGGCCGGCGGCGUCGGCAAAAGUUCGCUGGUGCUCCGCUUCGUCAAAGGCACAUUUCGCGAAAGCUACAUCCCCACCAUUGAAGACACCUAUAGACAAGUGAUCAGCUGUAACAAGAACAUCUGCACUUUGCAAAUCACCGACACGACUGGCUCCCACCAGUUCCCCGCGAUGCAGCGUCUGUCCAUCAGCAAAGGGCAUGCGUUCAUUCUGGUGUACUCAGUGUGCAGCCGGCAGAGUCUCGAGGAGCUGCGCCCCAUUUUCGAGGUGAUCAAAGAGAUCAAGGGACCGGACAUUAGUCAGAUUCCGAUUAUGCUUACAGGGAACAAGUGCGACGAAAGCGCCGAGCUUAGAGAGGUGAGCACCUCAGAGGGACAAGCGCAAGCUGCAGAAUGGGGAGUCAGUUUCAUGGAAACCUCGGCGAAGACCAACCACAACGUAAAACAGCUGUUCCAGGAACUGCUGAAUCUGGAGAAAUCCAGGAACGUCAGUCUGCAAGUUGGCGGGAAAGCCAACAGCAGGGUGGCCAAAGACAAAUGUGAUCUCAUGUAAGGUGUUGGAGGUAUCGUGGUGUUUGUUCGUAUUUGGCUCGGGAGGAAUCGCGUUUUAUCGAAUCGUUAUUGAAAUUAAAAAAGUUAUCGAAACAUACUUUGUGAUGUAUGGAAAAACGAUAGAGGUACGGAUGAUUACGAAAUAGUAAAUUUUGAUUUUUUAAUAGCCAUGUUCAUGUUUUACUAAAUGCAGUCAGCGUUUUGAGUUACCUAGUAGACAUCAUUUUAAAGGUAAAAUGUGAAAUAAAUAAUUACUAGCCUUAUAAUUUGGUAAAUACAAAUGUUUUCAAUGAAAUAAAGGUACUGUUGCGUCUUGUAGAACUUCGAAUUUCACUGUUUUUUACUUGAAACAUAUGGAG